UGAACAGGAGCAUCUUCAAUCACAGAACCUGAUCGUUGUCAAGACAGCCUAAAACUGGAGUACAAGGCGGACACGAGCUCAUGGAGCCGCGGACUGAAAACGGGUCCAAUGCUGCCACCCAAGCGCGCCCGGCAGUAGUGCGUUGGUGUACCCGGUGUAACGCACGCUGUCCACUAGGGGGCGCAUGGUAACCAACCUCUCCAUCUCCAUCUCCAUCUCUCUCUCUCCCUCUCGUUCCCUGCUCCCUUCUUCAUCCGUCUGUAGCAGGGGGAUGCCGGAGUCCAGCCGCAGCUCCUCUCUCAUUCAUGCUGAGCGCUGCUCUCCUGUGCGCACGGAUCUGCAGAGCUGAGCUUUUUGAACUGCUGCUGUUGCUGCUGCUGCUGCUGCUGCUCUCUGACAAGCCGAGCGGGAAUGGAAACGUCUUCUGCUGCAACUCUGGCAUCCUGAUAAAAGAAAAGAAGGAGAAGAAAUAAUGCUAAGCAGGGAUAAUUCAAACCGCGGCGUAAUCAGGCUGGUGGCAGAUGAGGCUGAGGAUCAGGGAAUGAGGAUAUAAAGUCAACACCUGAGAGGAGGAUAAAAGAGAACAGGAAGAUUACUACUUUGAGACUCUCUUCUUUUUUUUUUUUACAUCAUUGUACCCUGCAGUCUUAUAAGGCAGUGACUGACCCCUUCACGGAUUACACUCUCAAAAAGACACGUUAACACCCACUCCCCUCCCCUCACCACCAUGUCCUCACACCUUAAUCCACCCCUUCUGAUCUUCCCCUUACUCUUCCUUCUCCUCUCCCUCCCUAAGACCUCCACAUUGACCACUUCUCCCGCCUCUUCUCUCCUCUCCUUCUCUCCGCCGGAAGGCGGUCUCACGCAUUUGGUGGUCCACAACAAGACGGGAGAGGUCUACCUGGGUGCUGUCAACUGGAUCUACAAGCUGUCCAGCAACCUCACCAAGCUGCGGAGCCACGUUACGGGGCCGGUAACUGACAACCCCCGCUGUUACCCUCCUCCCGGUGUCCAGUCCUGCCCACAUGAGCUAGUGCAGACUUCUAACGUCAAUAAACUCCUGCUACUUGAUGCUGCCCACAACCGCUUAAUUGCGUGUGGGAGUACUUCCCAGGGAAUAUGCCAGUUCCUGCGUCUGGAUGAUUUAUUCAAACUCGGUGAGCCGCACCACCGUAAAGAGCAUUAUCUAUCCAGCGUUGCAGAGGCAGGCACCAUGUCUGGCGUUGUGAUCUCCCCUGAUAUUUUUGGCGGGGGCGGCAAGCUCUUCGUCGGCACCCCCAUUGACGGAAAAUCGGAGUAUUUCCCAACUCUGUCCAGUCGUAAGCUGAUGUCGAAUGAGGAGAAUGCUGACAUGUUCAGUUUUGUGUACCAGGACGAGUUUGUGUCUUCCCAGCUUAAGAUCCCCUCAGACACUCUGUCCAAGUUCCCCGCGUUUGACAUCUACUACAUCUAUGGCUUCAACAGCGAGCAGUUUGUGUAUUACCUCACCUUACAACUCGACACCCAACUCACUUCACCAGAUGCCAGCAGCGAGCAGUUCUUCACCUCCAAGAUUGUCCGCCUUUGCGUCGACGAUCCCAAGUUCUACUCCUAUGUUGAAUUCCCCAUCGGCUGCACUAAGGACGGCGUGGAGUAUCGCUUGGUUCAGGAUGCUUAUUUGGCCCGACCGGGAGCCCGCUUGGCUCGUUCGCUUGGUAUUCGUGAGCACGAGGAGGUACUGUUCACCGUAUUUGCCCAAGGUCAGAAGAACAGAGCCAAGCCGCCCAAAGAGUCAGCUUUGUGUUUGUUCACAAUGAGGCAGAUAAAGGAGAAGAUUAAAGAGAGGAUUCAGUCAUGCUACAAAGGAGAGGGAAAACUCUCUCUGCCCUGGCUGCUCAACAAGGAGCUGGCCUGCAUCAACUCGCCACUGCAGAUAGACGAUAACUUCUGUGGCCAGGACUUCAACCAGCCUCUCGGAGGCACAAAAGCUAUUGAGGGCAUCGCGCUUUACGUGGACAAAGAUGACGGCAUGACCUCUGUGGCGGCAUACGACUACAGAGGAAACACUGUGGCAUUUGCUGGCACUCGCAGCGGACGCAUAAGGAAGAUAAUGGUGAACUCCGUUUCCCAGCCUGCCUUGCUGUACGAGAAUGUGAUGGUGAGCAACGGGAACCCCAUCCUGAGAGAUCUGCUCUUCAGUCCAGAUCAUCAGUUCUUGUACGCCCUCACUGAUAAACAGGUCACCCGUGUGCCUGUGGAGAGCUGCGAGCAGUACACUUCCUGUAAAGACUGCCUGGGCUCAGGAGACCCUCACUGUGGCUGGUGUGUGCUACAUAACAUAUGUUCGAGGAGGGACCGCUGCGAGCGAGCAGAGGAGCCCCAGCGUUUCACCACCAGAGUGGAGCAGUGCGUUCAUCUUUCCGUCCACCCCGAGACCGUCUCUGUCACCAUGUCAGAAGUGCAGUUGGUGCUCCAGGCGCAGAACGUGCCCAGUCUGUCUGCGGGAGUGAACUGCUCCUUCGAGGACUACGUAGAGACGGAAGGACGCAUCUACAGCGGACGGAUCUUCUGCCUGUCUCCCUCCACGAAGGAAAUUGCUCCUAUAACACGAGACCAGGGGGACCAGCGGGCAAUAAGGCUGUAUCUGAAAUCAAAAGAGACGGGGAAGAAGUUUGCCAGCGUCUUGUUCGUCUUCUACAACUGCAGCGUCCACCAGUCGUGCCUGUCCUGCGUCAACGCCAACUUCCCCUGCCACUGGUGCAAAUACCGCCACAUGUGCACACAGGACGCCAGCGACUGCUCCUUCCAGGAGGGUCGAGUCAACACCUCGCAGGAGUGCCCUCAGAUCAUGCCCUCCACUCAGAUCUACAUUCCUGCCGGGGUGAUGAGGCCCAUCACUCUGCUGGCUCAGAACCUGCCCCAGCCUCAGUCCGGACAGAGGAACUACGAGUGCAUCUUUCACAUCCAGGGAAGCACGCACAGCGUCCCUGCGCUGAGGUUCAACAGCUCAAGCAUCCAGUGUCAGAAGACCACGUACGACUACGAGGGCGGCGGCAUCAGCGACCUGCCUGUUGACCUCUCCGUGGUGUGGAACGGGAACUUUGUCAUCGACAACCCGUUCAACAUUCAAGCCCACCUGUACAAGUGCAGGGCGUUACGGGACAGCUGCGGCAUGUGCCUGAAAGCUGACCCCAGGUUUGAAUGCGGAUGGUGUGUCCAAGACAAGAAGUGCUCCCUGCGGCAGGAGUGCACGGGCGGAGGGAACUCCAACGUGCCGCUGCAGCUGGCUGAGGGUGGGGGAUGGAUGCAUGCCACAUCUGGAAACAGCCGCUGCACUCACCCCAAGAUCACAAAGUUGUUCCCGGAGACCGGACCUCGUCAAGGGGGAACCAGGGUGACCAUCUGGGGGGAAAACCUGGGUCUACAAUUCAGAGACAUCCAGAUGGGAGUCAGGUUGGGAAAGGUGCCCUGUGUGCCGAUUGAAGAGGAAUAUGUUAGUGCGGAGAGAAUCGUGUGUCUGCUGAACGACGCUACAGGCUACAGGGUCCAAGAGGCUCAGGUGGAGGUGUGUGUGAGAGACUGCGUCAACGACUAUAGAGCUCUUUCACCAAGGCCAUUCACCUUUGUGACUCCUUACUUUACUCGUAUCCAGCCAUCUCAGGGACCCAUAUCGGGCGGCACUCGGGUCACCAUUGAGGGAAGCUAUCUCAAUGCCGGCAGCUACGUUUCCGUCAGCAUCGGACCACAGCCCUGCCACUUUAAGAGGAGGAAUGCACGGGAGAUAGUGUGCGUUACCCCAGCCGGACUUGCACCAAGCAGUUCAUCAGUCCUUGUGGACAUUGAUGAUGCUGAGCUCCGGAACCCAGAGGUCAGAUUUAACUACACCGAAGACCCCACUGUCCUUAAAAUAGAGCCCGACUGGAGCAUUGCCAGCGGUGGAACUCCUCUGACCGUGAGCGGGACGAACCUCGCAACCAUCCGAGAACCGAAGAUCAGGGCCAAGUAUGGGCAAGCGGAGUCCUUUCAUAACUGCACCGUGUACAACAACUCUGUGAUGGUCUGCCUCGCUCCGUCAGUGGCAGAUUCUGAGCUAGGCUUUUCCGAAACCGGUACCGGCCCGGAUGAAAUCGGCUUUUACAUGGACAACGUGAACUCUCUGGUGGUGGUAAACGAGACGUUCAGCUACUACCCCGACCCCGUCUUUGAGCCGCUGAGUCCAUCCGGUGUCCUGGAACUCAAACCGACAUCACCACUAAUACUCAAGGGUCGCAACCUGAUCCCGGCGGCCCCAGGUAACAGCCGCCUGAACUACACGGUGCUGAUUGGAGAGACUCCCUGUGUCCUGACCCUGUCUGAAAGCCAGCUGUUGUGCGAAUGGCCCAACCUCACCGGACAACACAAAGUCACGAUCCGUGCUGGUGGAUUUGAAUAUUCCCCAGGAACUCUUCACAUCUACUCGGACAGCCUGCUCACCCUCCCUGCUAUUAUUGGUAUCGGAGGGGGCGGGGGCCUGCUCCUGUUGGUGAUCAUUGCUGUUUUGAUAGCCUACAAGAGGAAGUCGAGGGAUGCAGACCGCACCCUGAAACGUCUGCAGCUCCAAAUGGACAACCUGGAGUCACGAGUGGCCCUGGAGUGUAAAGAAGCUUUUGCCGAGCUCCAAACAGACAUCCACGAACUGACCCAGGAACUGGACGGAGCGGGGAUUCCCUUCUUGGACUAUCGCACCUACGCAAUGAGGGUCCUGUUCCCGGGAAUUGAGGAUCACCCUGUGCUUAAGGAGAUGGAGGUCCAAGCCAACGUUGAGAAGGCCCUCACGCUGUUUGGCCAGCUGUUGACUAAGAAGCACUUCUUGCUGACAUUCAUACGGACACUUGAGGCUCAAAGGUCAUUUUCCAUGCGAGAUCGAGGCAAUGUGGCGUCUCUGAUCAUGACGGCCCUGCAGGGGGAGAUGGAGUACGCGACAGGGGUCCUGAAACAACUGCUGUCUGAUCUGAUCGACAGAAACCUGGAGAGCAAAAAUCAUCCCAAACUGCUGCUAAGGAGAACGGAGUCUGUUGCUGAGAAGAUGCUGACCAACUGGUUUACUUUCCUCCUAUACAAGUUCCUAAAGGAGUGCGCCGGUGAGCCUCUGUUCAUGCUGUACUGUGCCAUCAAGCAGCAGAUGGAGAAGGGACCCAUCGACGCCAUCACAGGAGAAGCUCGCUAUUCCCUGAGCGAGGACAAACUCAUCAGGCAGCAGAUUGACUACAAAACACUGACGCUGCACUGCGUUAACCCAGAAAACGAAAACGCCUCGGAGGUCACCGUCAAGUGUCUGAACUGUGACACUAUCACUCAGGUCAAAGAGAAGCUGCUUGAUGCUGUGUACAAAGGCAGCCCUUACUCGCAAAGGCCAAAGGCUGCUGACAUGGACCUCGAAUGGCGUCAGGGUCGGAUGGCCCGAAUAAUUCUGCAAGAUGAAGAUGUCACAACCAAGAUCGACAACGACUGGAAAAGACUCAACACACUAGCUCACUAUCAGGUAACAGAUGGCUCAGUGAUCGCCCUGGUGCCAAAGCAGAACUCUGCGUAUAACAUCUCCAACUCCUCCACCUUCACAAAGAGCCUCAGCAGAUACGAGAGCAUGCUGAGGACAGCCAGUAGUCCGGACAGCCUACGGUCCAGAACACCAAUGAUCACGCCGGACCUGGAGAGUGGGACUAAACUGUGGCAUCUGGUGAAGAACCACGACCACUCAGACCAGAGGGAGGGGGAUCGAGGAAGCAAGAUGGUCUCUGAGAUUUACCUGACCAGGCUGCUGGCGACAAAAGGUACAUUACAGAAGUUUGUUGAUGACUUGUUUGAGACCAUCUUCAGCACAGCUCAUAGAGGCAGCGCGCUGCCACUGGCCAUCAAGUACAUGUUCGACUUCCUGGACGAGCAAGCUGACAAACACUCCAUCACAGACUACGACGUAAGACACACCUGGAAGAGCAACUGUCUGCCUCUGCGGUUCUGGGUGAACGUGAUCAAGAACCCCCAGUUUGUGUUUGACAUCCAUAAGAACAGCAUCACGGACGCUUGCCUCUCCGUUGUGGCCCAGACCUUCAUGGACUCGUGUUCGACGUCUGAGCACAAACUGGGAAAAGACUCGCCUUCAAAUAAGCUUCUCUAUGCUAAAGACAUCCCCAACUACAAGAGCUGGGUAGAAAGAUAUUACUCGGAUAUUUCCCGUAUGCCAGCAAUCAGCGAUCAGGACAUGAGUGCCUACUUAGCAGAGCAGUCCCGCCUGCACCUCGACCAGUUCAACAGCAUGUCUGCUCUGCAUGAGAUCUACACCUACAUCAUCAAAUACAAAGAUGAGAUCCUGUCUGCGUUACAGAAGGACGAGCAGUCCCGCAGGCAGCGGCUACGUGGCAAGCUAGAGCAGGUCAUCGACACAAUGGCCCUGGCGAGCUGAGGACUGGCCAAUCAGACGCCUCAGCCAGUGCCGAACUGGCUAACCCACACGCCUUCCCUCGCCACUUCUGACAUCCUGUGACAUUUUGAUUCUUGACGUUUGAAAUCUGUCGUUGCCACGCUCGCAGACGUCGACCCGCAGCAGUGGAAUAGACUGCAAGGACACGAGCACCGGGCAGCAGAGGCACACUAGAGGGACAGCAGAGUUUGGAAACCAUCAGAAUGUUUAUUCAUUCCGUUUUUUUUCCCCCCCUCUUCUUCUUCUUCUUCUUCUUCUUGUCUGAACCACAUCUUUACUAGGAUCAGCCAAAUCCAAUGCAACCUCCAGCCUCAGCUAACCCGGACCUGAGCUCAAACAGGUGAGCAGAAAAAAAAAAAAAAGAAGUAAUUUAGCUGGAGCUGAAAACCCUGCAGGAACAGUACGAACCACCACUUGGUAUCUUUCCACUGCCAAGGCAACGGUUCAGACCGCGAGUCGUCGAAUACCCAGGAGAUUUCAUCAUUCUACCUGAUCCCCCUUUCCGUUGCUGUCCUCUACGGGGGCAGAUAAAACUUCAGGGACUUCUGCAGAAUUGCAGCGAAAAGACCUGGCAGAGCUUUACUUUGCCACUCAGAGACGUUUCAGCAAGCUGCUGCCGCUGCAGAAUGAUAAGGACAGAGGACUAAUCAGAGAAAGUCCCGCUUCUGGUUAGCACUCUCCAGGUCACUGUCGGCGAAAACGCUUCUGAAGCCGAACAAAAACAGUUCCUCAACUCUGCAUUUAAUUUGUCAUCGCAUCCAAUUCUUUCUUCUUUUUUUUUUUUGUUCUACCCACUAACCUACUCUCCCCAGUGCUGUGCCACUUGUGUUACUGCUGAAUUUGCACAACUAAAGCUAAAUCAAAAGAGAGAAGAGGAUAUAUGGUUAAAUAUAUAUAUAUAUAGAUAUAUAAAUACAACCCUUUUGUUUUUAAAACAAAUUACAGGUUGAACUUUUUUUUCCAUUUCAAUGUACAAAAAGAUAUGUUUCCGAAAAUUUGAUAUUUCCUAGAUGAAAAAAUAAUUAUGAAAACACAAGGAAAAAGUCGUCUUGUGCCAUGUUUUACUUUGAAUGUCGUUUAGUGCAAAGAGACUUCUUUUUGUUAGAUGAAAUGUGCUUUUAUGAUCAUGUUGUCAUGCUUAGUGACUGAGAGUUUAAAACAGGCAAAAAUGGCAGAAAUAUAUGAAUCUAUUACAGACACUUUCUAUGUAACAUGAGGUCCUGGCUGCCAUUGUGUGCUACGUCGCUGGCUCCGAGGAUUGUAAAAAAGACAAAACGAUGUCUAGAAGCCACCUCUGAGCCAACCAACCUACAGUGCUUUUUGUCUUUGCUUUUUAGAGAAACCAAAUACAUCAAGAUCAGCUGUUUUAGACGAGACGACAGUCAUUUGUGUUAAAGGUAGCCUCAUGCUGUGCUGGUAAACUCAGAGGCAUUAGGAGGUUAUUUAAGCAGAUCCCUGGCACACUGUGCUUUAUAGCUCCUCGGUCUUGUUUUCUAGACCUCCCCUCUCGUCUGAAACAAUUUAUGAGGCUUGCCCUCUCAAAUGAAGGAUAGUUUCGCCGUGCAGAGAAAAGUGAAUCAGUUUUGUCAAAGUCUGCAGUAAAGCCUGUAAAGCUUAAAGGGCCCAUUUUUUUUUUUUUUUUUUUUUUUUUUUUUUAAAUGUGAAUGUGUUUUUUUAAAAAGAUAAUGAAAUGUAGCUUGAAAUAUGUGAGUGUUUUGUACUAGUUGAAGGCCCUUCUCUUUUGGUUCUCUGUAGUUUUUUUUAGAGGUAAAAAGAACUAAAAAAAAAAUGUCCUGAUGUUUUUUUCCUUGCACAGUUUGCUGGAACACAUUAACUUUCAGUGCUUCAAAAGUAAUUUUUGUCAUUUACAUCUCACUUUCCUUCACAUGUAUACAGUUUCUUCAGAGGGCUGGAAAUGGAGAUAAAGGCUUGAUACCUGGACCAAAUGUUCCAAACUCAGCCAUCGAUUAACGACAACACAAGAUACGUCAGACAAUACAAAUCAGAUAAAUAGACAAAAAGCACGUCUUAUGGAUGUUUUUAAUUUUACAGGACCGUUCACUACUAUCUGCAUGUGUAAAAGGAUUUAUAUAUAUAUAAUUUUUUGUUGCAGAAGCAUAAUCUCACACUAAAUUUUAGAACCAUCCAAAGGUUUCCAUUUUAAUCCAUUUUCAACUUAAAUAUAACUGAGCUUUUUUUCAGUUCUGAAAAUCAAGUAACAUUUAAUUCUUAUUUCCUGAAGAAUAAAUUUGAUCUUAUAGAAUCUCUUUUUGCUUACCUAUUCUGCAAAGCUGGAAAGACGAGAACAUAAAAUUAAAGCAAGGUAUGUUAAUCUUAAAGGUCUUAACAGGGUUACAAAAAUGUGCAGUCAGUAAUAGUCAAUUACAAAAAAAAACUAAUAAUAAUAAUAAAAAAAAAAUAAAACAAUUACAACUAUGUAAAAAAAGAUUAACAAGCACCUAAGAGUAAUAUACCAAAGUAGACAGUGAGGAGCAUGGUGAGGAAUGUAAAAUAACCUUCAAACGUCACUUAGAAGUACAGCAAGGAGUGUCAAAAUGGGGCUGUAGAAAUGCAGAACACACAUAAUUCAGCAGACAUAGAAUCUACCCUCUAACAAGAACUUUACAGUCCUAAGAAAAUAUGGGGAGAAGCUUAAGUGAAGAGCGCAAAGGAUAGGAGCAACUCUGAACAGCCCAAAGAUCCCUCUAUCUGUAUUCUCUAACCAUGUGAAAGGUUGUUGGAAGAGAUUAGGUUUAAAUAAUUGUGGCACCCAUUAAUUUGAUGAAAAACAGAACAUCUUUUCCCCCCCCCCAAUAAAAGCAAUCAAAAGUUGGUUUUAAAACAUUUCAAAGUGGGAUUAUGCUACUGCUACAAACGGAGAUCUUUUCAAAUGCUUUCCACACAUCCUUUUCUGUGCAGUAAUAGUGGAGGAGUGCCGUGCAUUAACCUCUCAAACACAUGCAGUAAAUACGGCUCGGUUCUUGACAAGCACCUUGCUGAGCAGUAUGUCUUCAAAGAAAACAGUCAGUGAUACCUCAAAAACAAACAUUUUCUUCCGCUUCUGCAGUGCUUCCUGCAUAUUCUACCCCCUUGAAACGCCAUUUUCUCAGUCCUCCAGGGGGUUAAGGCAGCAUUUUCUUUUUUUUUGUUGCAUUGGUAACAUCAAACCAGAAUUAAGGGUUUCUUAAUUUCUUAAAGUUUUUUUAUAAUCCUGUGUCUCCCAUCAGUCGUGCAGCAGUCCUCUCCGUGUUGGAUAAUCUGCAAAAGCACAUUUGUACAUUGUACGCGCGGUACUGAUCAGUACGACAUGCAGCAGCUGCAAAAAUGUAAUAAUCUAAGGAUGAACACUGGCAGACAAGGAUGGCUUAAAACCAAGCAAUCAAUUUUAUUACAACUCAAAUGCGUGUUCACUCCAAUUCAAAGUGAGAAAAAUGACAUCCGGUCGCCUCUUCCACUGCUGCGAAUGCAGUAGAUAAGUCCUUAACAGACGGAAAAAGUGUGACCAGCACCGUAGAAAUCACAAGAAGCUGUGAGACACAUCCAAAGUGAUAAUUGUUCAGUCACAGCUGUUUUACAACACAGAGCCCAAGCGUGGUGAUUUUUUCAGCCUUGGGAAGUUUGUGGUCACCUGCUUGUAUUUUGGAACAGUGCGCAGGCAAAAGAUGCAAUUUAAGCAGGAACGUGUCUACCUUUAACAGCGUGUCAGGUACAGGUACAUGUGGGCUGCGUAUGAUGGCUUCGUUACACAUCAGCCGAUUCAGUAUUCAAACCACACAAUAUUCUCUGCUAGAUCUGCAUAAACACAUGUACAUUUGAUUUCUUUGAUGCAUACUUUGGGAGAUCAAAAAAAAAAGUUCAUGCAUUCCAGCCUAGUUGAUUUUUGCUUUUUUUCCCCUAACUUGUGCCCUUUUACACCCAUUCUACAAACAUGAAUUCAUAUUGCUGCUCUCAGUGAAAAAAAGCAGAGUCCAGUUAGCUAUUCUCUGUAUCUUCUGAAAAACCCUUUAAGGAUCUAUUGUUCAUUUAAUCAUCAUCUCGUUCUAAGCUUGCCAUUGACUCAAAAACUCUGUAUUAAUCUGAAAACAUGAAUAUGUGUCAUGCGCUUUGAUACUUGAACCACUGACUUACACAGGGUAAAAAAAAAAAGAACAACAUACAGAGCAAGCCGACCAAAGCUAACAGUUGUCCACACAAGGAAAGCAACUCCAUGAGAGGAAGUUAUCAUUGCAAUGUCUGCUUUUCAGUUCUUCCACAAAGCAAUUUUUAGUGUUUUUAGUAAUUGAAAUCUUUUUCAUAUUUAAAGUACUUAAUGUUUCUUCCUUUUUCUUAAAGUGUGGUAAAACUUAAACAGUAUUACUUCCAUGUACAGGCAUCCAUUGACAUGUUCUGUUCAAUCUAAAUGAGCAAUUAAAUGCGUCUGAGGAUGUGGACCACUACAUUGAUA